AUGUUGACGACGAGUCCGCGUCCGGCGAUCAGCUGCGGUAGCAGCGCGUUGGUCAGGGCGACAACGGCGAACACGUUGGUCUCGAAGAGGCUGCGCAGUCGCGGCAGCGCCACGUCGGAUAGGGGAACUGGGGGGUGGGAUAGAGAGAUUGCUUGCUCACGCGUUGUUCACCAGAAUAUCGAGCUUGCCAUUGGUGAUGCGCUCCACCUCUUCGGCAGCAGCCUUGAUGCUCUCCUCACUGUCGACAUCCAGAAGGAUGGUCUCGAGGCCGAGGACGGCCAGGUCCGAUAG